AUGCCAAUUUUACGUAGACUGGCAAGAUACUGCACUUUUAAAACGAGUAUUUAUCGACAACAAGGCAGUGAAAACUAAAUUGGAUGAAAUAGCCAAUCGCUUUCGAGCAACAUACGAUGUAUGUAGAUAAAAUUUACCCGGAUAAAAGCGUUUUCACUGUCCACAUAGCUAUCCAAACUAAUUUAGUCCACUUUCCUAGGUGAACUAAUUUUGUUCGGAAAGCCGCCCUCAAACUCGUGCGGAUAGCGUGGGUCUAGUGUAAACGCGACGCCUAUCUGAACUAACUUUGAUGCGGAUAAAAAUUAUCUAGCACAGUGUAAACAGGGUCUAAGAAACAGGUUUUUUUGUUUCCUUUUAGUGUCGUUUCCAUGGGCACGCCUACAAGGACAACUUCUAAGUUCUGAUCUUAUUUAUAAUUGCUUUAAUUCAAAACAGAAUAACAUUAAUUGACGAUACUCAUGGUAACUGAUUAAUAUUUACACCAAACUUAUACAAAUUGAAUUUCUGAUUUAAUUACUUCAAUAUUUUUACACAAGCACUUUACACAAGUCUAUUUCUUUUGAUUUAUCUCAAUUUCUAACAAUCACUUAUCUAGCAAGUACUUCAGGCUUUGAAAACAUCCCUACUUAAUAUCCGCUUGAUAGAAGAGCUGUCUAAUGUAAAAUUUCACCUUCUUUGAUAUGUAUAUUCUAAUUUUGGAAAACUUACUUUAUUGAGUUUUCUUAUGCUUCCUAAGAAAUAAUGACAUGUAAAAAGAAGAUUAAUCUCAAAUAAGAUUUGAAAUUCUACAUAACAAAUUUCCCAGAUGACUAAAUCUUGCACGAUCUCACCUUCAUUAUGAAGACAGACAGAUUUCUACUAGACUGCCCCCAUAAAUGCUUUUUAGUUUAGUUACUCUUUGUUUUACAAGGCGUUGACGUAACUAGCCUUCCUAGCCUUCAGAACGCACCAAUCUAAUCUGAUGUUUGAACCUACUUGCUGCACUACUGGUGAUAAAGAUAUAAAAACAGUAUAAAUAGCGGCAAUAAUAGAUAUUUAGAAAACAGUACAGCAACAAAAUAAAAAGCAAGGAAAUUCUGUCAAUUCAGUUAUUGUUAUUUCGUAAAGAGGUUAUCUGCUGGUUUAUUUAUGAGGACGAAUGUUCUAAAUGAUUAAAGCAUCUUCUUUAUUUGCUAAUUACGUUUCUUCAGGCAGUUGCUGGGGUGAGCUAAAGGAAAAUGCCAGAGCUUUGGUCACAGUUGAUAAUAUUUGGAUAACACUUAUUGAGUUGACUAACAGUGGUGAAAAUGUGAUAAGACUCUUAGAUUCUGUAAUAUCCUUUUCGCAGCUUGUCUGUGAAAUGUAAACAGUUUUACUUAUGCUAAGAUUGAAUCAAACCAUAUCAAUUCGAGGUUUAGUUUUGAAUAACAAAUUUGAGUAUCAAUCAAGCUACCCUUAAGCCAGCCACCUGCCAUUUUCUACAAGAAACUUAUCUUCAAUUAGAGUAUCUACUUUUACCAAAUAGCAGCGAAGGAGAAAACUUCCAUCAGCAGAUAGAACGAGAACUGCAAUGAUACUAUUUCGCUGCAAGGAUGCAAUUUUUUGGGCCUCCUUCAUCAUUGCCUUUCGUUGCCACAUACUCAGACUCAAAUGUAUGUCUUUUGCGGAUUUUUCAGUCAAAGUGGAAAAUCACUUGCUCGAAGGAUCAAAAAUUCAGGAGAUUGAAGGCGCCAGCUUAAACGAAUGCAAAGGGCAAUGUGUCCUAAAUCAGCAAUGCAAGUCAAUUAACAUUAAAAAGGACGGUUCUGGGAUGUGUUGGUUGAAUCGAAAGUCCAGUAUUGAUGUGAUGGACAGAAUUAAUCUGACAGAAAGCGAUGAAUGGGAUUUUCAUUCAACAAAUUAUUCAGUUCGGGAGGUUGGAGUGAACUGUAAGUCUAAAAACCCGUGCAACAGCAGAGCAAUGUGUGUUGAUACAUGUCAUUGCCCGGGCGUCGAGUGUCUCAGCUGUUCCGAGAAUCAAAAUGGAUUUCACUGCAAUAGAUGUGCUAGCAAUCCAUGCCAUAAUGGAGGAACGUGUUUGGACGUAUCUUCCAUCAUGUGCAACUGCAAGCAAGGGUACACUGGACCAUUUUGUGAAACAGCGAUACGGGCGGCCUCAGCGUGUGGCAGUGUGUUCAAGGGUACAGCCGGUACAAUUGAAAGUCCGGACUUCCCACACAUUUACCCGGCACGAAGUCAGUGUCUCUGGACAAUCUACGUUGCUAAUGACCACAGGAUCAAAUUUAGAUUCAACUUUUUUGCUGUAGAGAGAAGUUCAAGUUGCCAUUACGAUUACGUGCGAAUUAUAGAUGGAUCUAUGGCAGACAGUGAAUUCCUCACUGGAAAGUUAUGCGGUUACGCUUUGAGUCAGACGAUCUACAAUUCAACGACAUCAGUUGCAUCGGUACAAUUUAUUUCUGACGGAAGCAUUCAAAAACAAGGAUUUCAAUUGUUUUGGAUGCAGGUUUAAGAACUAACUGCCAACUGUAAUUUGUUCCCAAAGGAUAUGGAGAUAAAUGUGAAAAAAUAAAGCAGAAGUUAAAAUUCUGAAAAUACCCUCUGAGAAGAUUUUCUCAAGAAAUAAUGAUUUCAGGUUUUACUUAAGCCCUGGCCAAAGGACUCGAUUUUUCACUCGUUUUUUCUACUCAACAAGAAAGCAAGUUAAAAUCCACCAUUUGGCCACCUUCUCGAGUGAGUCGAGUGAGCGCAAGCGCAGCUAUCAUCUCUUAUGCUUAGUUUUUUUGUAAAAGAGCUAAUAAAUUCAAGAGCGGGGUGGCCAAAAGGGGGCAGGGCAGCAAACUACCCUGAGGCCUCUAGGUCCAGGGGACCUUUUAAAGUGAUGAAUUCCAUUUUAAGAAUGAAAUUAAUCAAACAAAACAAAAGUAUGCCUAAAAAUAGGAAUUUGCUUAAAAGAAUAAAACAUUUAGUGACGGUUACUGCAUGAAACGAACGACCAGGGUCUUAUGACGCUAGAGUUUGUCAAGAGAAUGUAAAGGACAUUUUCAUGUACGAUAUGCACGGCAGCCGCUUUGCGUUUCUUUGCCUUCAUUUUGUUGGUGUGAGCGAAAAAUCGAGCGAAAUAUCGAAUCGUUUGGCCAUCUAUGCUUGACAUCGCUCGAUUUUGAGAUCAAAUAUCGAGAGAAACAGUGACCGAAAAAUCAAAUCGUUUGGCCAAGCCUUUAGGAAGCUGUAAAUUUUUGUCAUUUGCCUAUAGAAUAAGAAAUUUGAUUAGAAAAUAUUUGACUAAAAUCAGUUUUUGUAGUUUUUUUUGGAAAUUGUGUGUACUUUCAGAGUCUACUUCUUCAUUUAAAGGCAGCGCGCUUGGACACUGAUCGGCGUAUUUUCGAUGCGUGAAUAGACAUUGGUGCCUGACCUGUGAAUCAGCAUUACUUAUGGCGUUAUUGCGUGAGUGCUGCAAGCGAAUUUCCAAAUUAGACAGGGAAAUAACCGCAACUAACUCACCGCAUGUGUUGUCAAGAUUCUCCAAACUUUUUCAUGAUCCCAGUAUGCCAGAGAAUUCAAAUCUGCCAGGUACCUUUUCAAAUUUUACUUCCGGUUACGUGACAAGGCAUAAUUUCAUUUUACGAUCAGAAAAAAUUAAAAGUCAUUUUUUUAUAAAUCUGAGGCAACCAUUAGAAAAAGCAUCAAAAGAGAUGAAACAAUCUAUCAAACAUCAACCCUGUGACGUUUAUAUUUCAAGAGAUGUGGACCGUUAAACUUUCGAUGAUGACGUCACAAAAUAUCUAACUUUGCACAAUUUCUAAUGCGUAAAAAAAAACUUUUUGUUAAAAAUUGAUAUACAUACUUCAAAGCUCAAAUUCACUAAAAGAAUAAUCUGUUGUAUCAUCAAAAGAAUCAAUCCAGGCCCAGGCACUAUCUUGGUCAAACACGGAUGUAUUUGUCCAGACGGAAAUGGAGGGGAGUACCACCAAAGAUAAUGGAAGUGGGGCGGUGAAAUUUUGACUACCAGUUUCGAGUUCUUUAUCAACUGGGGAUAUUGAAUUGUGAUGGUAAAUGGGGAUUUGCCGCUGUUUUGGGGUAAAAUGAGGUUAAAUCAGGAGAAGUUCCUGCUUAUCCUCUGCAAAGGAGAAACGUGGCUGGAAUGACGUUUUUAACAAAAAAAACCUGGUAUUAGCAGUAGAAUGUGAGCGAUAGUUUAUCUUUUUUAGUAGAAAUACGUUUAAGGUAGCAAAAUGAGCUAUAAUUUGUCAAGUGACGUCUAAUUACCCCAUGUCCGUAUAUGGAUAUCUUAUUAAAAAUGGCCAAAGCCAACUCAUCCUUUGCCAUCCGACAUUUAACUUAGCAUGCAAUUGACCAUCAAAACCUUAGGAAGGAACUGUCGUGGUACUCAAACUAUAAGAAGGGACUUUUUGUCUUUUUGUUAACCUACAUUGAUAGUAUUAAUUGGUCUUAAAGAGCAUUACUAUGCUCAUACAGAUAAGAUAAACAUGAAAUCUUGCUGAGCAAAUCAAGAGCUAGAGCUACAAGUAUGAAUGACGAAAAUUUAACAAUAAAUUAUAAUUUUAAUAGGACUUAAUGUAAUUAAUUGUCCUUCUU